CACAUACAUACCCAUGAAUGAAAUGCUAUAUCUUCAUUCUGCUCGUCAUUAGAGAAGUCUACAUAAAUACGAGUAAUUUGAGAUUCACUGAAUUUUUUAAUUAUCCAUCAAACUCUGCUAAGUCGACAAAUUAAUUCAAUAUGAGUCAUCAUUAGACGUCAGUCCAUAUUUUAGUUGAAUAUAAUAUCAUUCACCAUAUUUCCAGUUAGUGCGUUUCCAGCUACGACCGUUAACGGUUCAUCAUUUUUUAAGCACUACGUACAUACAUACCAAAAAGCAGAAUGUCGGGUCUCCUCGAGUGUGGGAUUUGUGGGGACUUCAAUUCAGAAUUCGCAAACGACAACUUCAUGGUGACAGGAUGUGAACAUGUAUUUCACAAAUAUUGCAUAUUGCAUGCUCUCGCGAAAUCGACAAGCUGCCCCGUCUGUCACUAUCCAGUCUUGCCAUGCAAUCUUGCCCUCAUUCGUGGCGUGGAUCCUAACAAACCCUUCAAGAAACUUGUCAUUGCAACUUUGGGGGAUGCUGGUGUUGGAAAGACUGGACUUGUUAACAGAUUAGUUAACGGAGAAUUUCAUGGUUAUGAAAUUUCCACGAUUGGAGCUGAUUUCCGGAGUGUGAACAUCCAAGUUGGUGAUGACCCUGUUAAGCUGUUUCUUCAAGACACCGGGGGAAACUACGUUUUUAAAGCGAUAACUCCACAAUACGUACGAAAUGCUCAGGGCAUCAUUAUCGCGUAUGAUUGCACCCGUCUCGAAACUCUAAAGAGUGUUCAAGGCUGGUUGGAUUUUGCAAAUCUUCAUGCUCCCGAAGCCGAGAAAAUAAUAAUGGGAUGUCGAUCCGACUUGGAAAAUUGUACCUGCUACAAGCACACAAGUGAGACAAAUUCAUGUAGAAAACCGACAAAGGAGGAAGUUGAGGAGGAGAUCUCCCUCCAUGGACUCUUCCACAUCACGACAUCAGCAAAGACUUCGGAAAAUGUGGAAACUGCAUUUAAGACGUUGGCUUCUCAUAUCAUUGAAAAUAUGUCCAUGAGGAACCAUGGGGGCAGGGAUCAACAGAGGGAAGGCGACCCUGAAGGGAGUCGCCCCAUUAAAUUGCAUGAGCCACCAAGAAAUGAGGACAACGUGGCAGAUGAAGAAGAAGAGAUUAAAGGAUCUGAAUUGUGUGGGAUGAGGCGAUUUUUCAAGAAAUUUUGGAGGGCAGACAAACAGAAGAAAAAUAUGUGAGGAUUAUCAUGCAGAAAAAUGACGGCUGUUUUACAAUAAUGAAAUGACUGAUUUUAUGUAUAAUUCUGUUUUGAUGUGUUCAGUCUCAUGUUUUUUUUUUUACUUUAUUGCGUUGAAUAUUAUUAAUGAACUUUCUCAUUUUUUAUUAAAAUAUGAAAACUGGACUAAUUCAAUAAUUGAUCUGUUCCAGUUUAAAAUAGGCUAAAAAUGGCAAUGUCAAAAUUCCAUUGCAUAGCACCGUGUUCGUAUAAAUAUACGCCGUCCAUUAAAUUGGUCACAUUUACUAUUACAUUUUCUCCACAAAUGAAUCAGCCUUUUACAGGAUUGAUCUAGUUUAUAAUUUAGAAUGAUUAAUUUUGAUGGCUACGUUAAAAUGAAAGACGACAUUUUCAUCUCACAAGGGACACUCACGACCUGUCGUUUGAGUCCAGGGUCGUGAGUGUCCCUUGUCAGUCAGAUGACCAGAAGACUUGAUUGAGAUUUGUAUAAAACAAAUAUUUAAUUUAAGCAUAUAAGAAAUAUUUUAUUAUGUUAACCUCAAAUUUACAAUAAACAAAAAGAUUAUGGAAAACCCAACA